CAGCAGCAGCAGUGGUGGCUGCCUUCCCACCACCGACUCAGAGACGUGCCGUGCCUAGCAGAGAGGGGAGUACUUCUAUCAACAAGCCAAUAGCUCUGACAGGAAUUUUUUCAUUACACAGUUGUUAGGCAAGGAUGCCGGGAGGUGGGGGAAAGCUGAUGUCAUUAGCAGGGGUGUGCGAGUGCAUCAGCAGCCAUGUCACAUGCUGCUAGGUGGGUCAGUGAUGCGGACGGAGAUGCAUGGCAGUUGCACGGGGCACAGAAGCAGCAGACCAAAAAGAGUCGGAGCUGGCUGCAGUGGGCAGCAGGAGGAUGCUCUUCCCCAACUGUGGCUGCGUGCCUGGUUCCCAGGAGAUGCCGCCCUCCAGGGGCUCGCCGGGUGUCACAGACCUGGGCCUGGGCCUCCAGUCUCUCCGUCUGUCCGGCUGGGACAGACCCUGGAGCAGCCAGGAGACGGACUCUCAUUCUUCCCCCUCCCAGAUUCAGACUAGCUCACCCUCCAUGCUAGGUAUUCUGAACAGUCCCUUCAGUAGCAUCCUCGGGAAGCCCCCCGGCUACAUGCCACCCGACUCCAUGAGCAUGACUGCUGACUUCCUGGAGAAGUUUCCCAGCAUGGCCCGCAUGGCGAACCGACUGGAAUCCACCUCCUUCCUGGACUCUCGCUCCAGCAGUCCCGAGGACUCGGAGACCAGUGGAUUCAGCUCUGGCUCGGACCACCUCUGUGACAUGCUGUCCACUCUGCGGAUUUCCCCUCCCCUGCCUUAUCUUGCAUCGAGCAUGCAGAAGGAUCUGCUGCGACUGGGCUCUCGGCUGGACCCCCAGGACUCCAGCUCUCCCCUGACCCCAUCAUCCAUUCCAAGCCCCUCCUCAGCCAUUUCCCGCCGCUGGCGUACUGGAUCUCCGUGGCCUGGCUCUGAUGUGCUUGACCAGUCGGAUGAUGCAUUCAGCAUUGAGAGGGAGGCCCGCUUGCACAGGCAGGCUGCAGCUGUGAAUGAGGCCACAUUCACCUGGAGCGGGCAGCUGCCUCCCAGGAACAACAAGGAUCCCAUGUAUUCCUGCAAGGUCUUUCUUGGUGGCGUGCCCUGGGACGUCACAGAAGCUGGCCUGAUCAACAUCUUCAGUGGGUAUGGUCCUCUGACUGUGGAGUGGCCGGGUAAGGAUGGAAAGCAUCCUCGCUGUCCUCCCAAAGGUAAUGUGGCAAAAGGCUAUGUUUACCUGGUUUUUGAGAAUGAGAAGUCUGUCCGAGCUUUGCUCCGCGCCUGCUCCCAGGACCAGUUCCCCCCCGAGGACAACAGGGAGUACUACUUCAAGAUGUCCAGCCGCAGGAUGAGAUGCAAGGACGUGCAGGUCAUCCCCUGGGUGAUCUCCGACAGUAACUACGUGCGCUGCCCUGCCCAGCGUCUGGAUCCCAGUAAGACGGUGUUUGUGGGCGCACUGCACGGCAUGUUGAACGCUGAGGCGCUGGCCAGCAUCAUGAACGACCUGUUUGGAGGAGUCAUGUAUGCUGGCAUCGACACGGACAAGCACAAGUAUCCCAUAGGCUCUGGACGUGUCACUUUUAACAAUCAGCGCAGUUAUCUGAAAGCUGUCUGUGCAGCAUUUGUGGAGAUUAAAACACCCAAGUUUACAAAGAAGGUCCAGAUCGACCCCUACCUGGAAGACUCCGUGUGUCAAGUUUGCCUUCGCCAACCUGGACCUUUCUUCUGCAGAGACGAGGCCUGCUUCAAGUACUACUGCCGCUCCUGCUGGCACUGGCAGCACUCCAUGGACAUCUUGAGCAACCACCGGCCCCUCAUGCGCAACCAGAGGAACAGAGACUCCAGCUAAAGCUGAGGGAUCCGAUCACUCUGAAGGUCCAGAGCCCCCGAGUACGGGGCAGGCUACCCGCCAAGGAGAGCACGUGUGCCGGGCGUCCCCCGGUUCGAGGGCGCCACGGCACUCCACCAGGCACUGGGGAUAUCACUGUAGAAAAUGUUCACUUUUGCACUUGCUACAUUUUUGCUGUUGUUCACAGUGGCACUAUGCACAGUGACCUUAUUGGGAGAAGGGGCCCUUCACUCUUAUGCAUUUUCCCUGACUUGUGGCCAGACAGAGAGUCGGGAGUCUGCCUAAAGUUCAGAGGUGGAUGAAAAUGCCUUUUUCUUCUCUUUUUUUGAUUUUUGUUUUACAUGUGUUGCAUAGUGACGAGCUAACACGCAAGUCUCAUUGCCGUUCAUUGGCAAAUGCCAUACAGUGCCUUUAAAUAUUUGUUUUUGUUUUCCCCCUCCUCCCUCCCUCCCUUCGUCCACCCUCAGUUGGCAUCUGUUUUUUCCUGUGCAAGCCAACUGGUGUUUCUUACUUUUGGGAGUUGAAUGUCGGGCUUCAUUUCAGACAUUUUUACAGUUUUUUACACAAACGGUUUUAAGUCAUAACAUGAAAAAUUUUGAACAGAAUUCUACCAGGCGGCUGUUUAUGGGAAAAUCCCCCUUUUUAUUUUUUGGUUUCUUUUUUUUCUCAUAAAUUUCUGUGGCUAUUUUUUCCUAUUUUUUUAAAUUCGCCCUCCCAAAUUUCAACUGAAUGGGCCCAAAAUGUUGGAAGUUGUACUUUCACUUGCUUUGUUGGCCCACUUGUAUUAAAUGUGUAAAACCAAUAGCACUGGAUAUGUGAUCGACUGGGUCGCCAUCUUUUCUCAAGCAUCUGAUGAACCCGGUUGAGACUCGAGUGAAUGAACCAUUUGGUUGUACAUAGUUUGAUUUUUGCACUUUUUAAUUUGCACGUGUGGAGAGGUGGCAGUGGUUUUUAAUCACUUUUGUACAUCAGCAGGGGGACACUCCUACGUUAGAACAGCUGCUUGUUUCCUGUUGAAUGUAAGAACUUCCACUUAGCUGAUAACUUUAUCUAUCAGAGCUUGAGUAGACCCCACUAAAUGAUUCCAUGCUUUCUUAUCCCAUUUUGCCUUCCUGUUCCAGUUGGACAUAAAUGCAUAAGCUGUGUGCCAAAGACAAAGUGUCUUUUCUUAUCCAUUAGUUUUGUCAUGCUGAGCUUGUUGUCCCUUAGCCCAGCCGCUUUUUAGAGUUUCGAAAGUCUACCUCAUUGUGGUCUGCCAAGUUUGCUGCUACUUACAGUUGUGGAGUAUGUUCAGAUUGGGCACAAUAAAGGUGUUUAAGCAUUA